UUUCCCAAGCCAUUUCUAGGCUUCUAUAGAACCUGUGAAUUCUUUGUCACAUGCUCCACAACGUGUACAGCCUACAAUGGAAUUUACUAAAAGGAAAACACGAUUUAACGAAAAAACAAUGGCAUCGCUGAAGAAAAGAAAAAGAAGCGCGUACAACCGCGAGGAAGAGGCCAGAUUAGAAAAACUAGUACUUGGAGUUUCCAACAAUGUUAUAUGCCAUUUAUCAGAUGACGAUACCUCGUUAAACACUAAACAGACAACACUUUCCAUAGACUUAUGUCAGAAUGAAAAAAAUGAAAAAAGACAAGAUAUUGGUACAGAAAAUAAUACCUCUGAAACUGAAGUGUAUGUUGAAAAUACCGAAGCUGAAUUCAAUAAAAAAAAAGAAGCGGCGUGGGUUGACAACGAUGCAUCGUAUUCAGUAUCCACUGCAUUGGCAUUGCAGCGCCGUACUUUACCAGGACAAAGGCCAGAAAAAUCCUAUGCUGAAUUAUUGCAAAACAAAAUGACCAAGGUCUUUGGUACACCGAAAUGGGCCGAACUUGACAGAGAUAACGAGAUUGACCUAGAUGAUGUGGACAGUUCAAUUUUAAAGCACAGCAAUCAUUUAUUGCCAAAUAAAAAAGUUUUUUUGCCAAAAACUACCCUGGAAAUAAAGGCCCUGGCUCGAAUAAAUAAACAAACACAAAAUGAAGGAUACCUUUUAUCCGAUGUACAAUUUCACCCAACCUCCACCGUUGCCUUAGUAGCUGGAAAUUCAGGAGUUUUGUCGAUCUUCCAAGUCGACGGAAAAGAAAAUGAAAAAUUACACAGCAUGCGGUACGAGAGAUUUCCAAUUAACACGGCUCGUUUUCUCAAAGACGGUACACAGAUAAUUGUUGGCUCCAAGAUGCGCAAUUAUUGCCAUUCGUAUGACUUAAUUACGGGGAAAACCUUUAAAAUUCCAUUACCACAUGCAAUGACCAACAUGAAGGUUUAUACCAAUAAAUUCCAAGUAUCUCCAGAUGGGAAAUUAAUAGCUGUCUGUGGAAGGAUGGGUGAAGUUCACUUACUGACAGGUGACACUAAGGAACUCGUGGAUACAUUAAAAAUGAAUAAAAAAUGUUAUGCCGUGGCAUUCAGUCCCGACAGUAGAACGUUAUUCUCACACGGAGAUGGCGGCGUGAUUUACUCAUGGGAUAUGACGAGUCGCAGAUGUAUCAAUCAUGCGAUCGACGAGGGUUGUUUGUGCGGUUCCGCGAUCGCGAUUUCCCCUAGCGGACAAAUUGUCGCGACAGGUAGUAAGCAGGGAGUCGUUAAUUUUUAUGAUCUCAAGGAUUUAACGCAAAAACAGGUACCGACCCCGCUAAAAGUCAUUCUGAAUCUCGUCACACCGAUCACCAGUUUGCGCUUUAAUUCCACGUCCGAGAUCCUGGCUAUGGCGUCCGAUGACGAGGACAACGCUGUCAGAUUGGUACACCUACCUUCCUUCACAGUUUUUUCCAACUUCCCAACUUUUCAAACAAAGUUACACAAAACCACAGCGAUGGAUUUUUCUCCGAACAGCGGUUUCUUUAGUAUUGCAAACAAUAAUGGCAUCGCCUACUUGUAUAGAUUGAAACAUUAUGAGAAUUAUUAGUAAACAUCCAAACAAUUUA